UGUCUGCUAACUUCGGCCUGCUAUCUUACUCACUAUAUUACUUUACCUGUACAACUGCUGCAACAACGACUACUAUAUUACCAUUCUGGUUCAUAUCUUCUUCCACACCAUUCAACAUAUUCAAAACAUCCAAGCAAGCACCAAUACACUCACCUUAAUUAUUAUUAUUAUCAUCAGAGUGAUCGGAGUGUGUGCGCGCAUGCGUAGAGAUCAAAGGAACCAGAUUUCACGUGACGUCACUACUGCGCACCACAAAAGGGGCAAACCUCCGAGGUUUAUUUCAGAAGAUCGAACUAUACUAACACAGACGAAGUGCCUUCGUCGGUUUUUAAAACGGCACCAAAACUCAAAGGGAAAACUAAAGCGCCAAAGGCACCCACAGUGCCAGUCAGCCUUACAAAGGGUACCGUCCUCCAACGACAUAGAGAGGCUUCAACAAGAGCUAGACAAAGUCCAGAAGGAAAGGGGGAUACAUGUUUUGCCUCAACUGGAAGCUGCACAGACACCAUAAUUAGUUCAUGUCUAGCAUGUAUGAUACUGUUACGAAUACAGGUAUUAAAAAUAUCAAGAAAUGUUCUACUGGUUGAUAUUCCUAUGUCUGAUGUUCUAUCAGGGAACCAGUGCCCGAGGACAGCGCCGACCCAGACUCCCACAACUCUUCCACAGGCGCAAGCAGCUUCACAACCCCUGCACGCCGGGCGCGGAGACCCCAUAUCGUAAGAUAUCCAGAGAGGAGCUGCUGCUGUUCAGCCAGAGUCCAGAGCUUCCUGUGUCCACCUCCACUACCCACACCAGCAGCAGCAGCCUCAGGGACUCCACACCUCCUCUGCCUCCUACCCCGUCCAGCCCGCCUUCCACCUCACCCUCCCCAGCCUUGGAGCACCACUCGUUUGCACGCAAAGGCUCGCCUGACCUCACCUGUGUCAUACCCGAGUCCCAAAGCUUAACAUUCUCACAGGGGAACGUCACAUCCCCCAUGGGAAAGGGCAUGUACAAUGGCAUUCUGGAGAAGUCCUACAGCUUUGGCCAGCUGCCUGUGAGCAUGUUGGCCAAUGUGGGGCGUAAACCAUCUCUUACCUCCCUAGACUCAGAGGGCCGCAGUGUGGGAAGGGAUUACAAGCUCCAGAGCACGUCCUCCCAGGACUCCAGUGACAACGACCAAGACCUGCCCCUAAGCUCAAAGUCGACCCAUGCAAUACAGGCUUGUUGCUCACCUCUGGGCAUUAUACCGAGCGCACUGAUGUCAAGAGCUCCUGCUUCACACUGUGAUUUUUGCCUUCUUCCCUUCAUCCUGGACCCGUCUGUCAUUGCUGCACCUUAACGCAGCAGGUCACAUGAUGC